AGCUUUCAAGAUCACAUUCGACCUGCAAUGGCGUCCCUCAAGAUGCCAAUUGCUCAAUUGAGCAGAUUAACGAUAGGUCCAGCGGUUCGAUCGCAGCCAAGGCUACCUUUCGUCUUCUCGGGUGCUGCUGAUCAAUUGCGUUGUGCCUCGACCAAAGCGAACCCGAAGUAUAAGAAGAAGGAUACGAAAAAGAAGAAGAAAACGACAAGAUCAUCAUUUAUUCAAUACAGUCUUAAGGAUGCGGAGCAGUUCUCUCUUUGCGAUGCUAUGAGGUACAUCCGCGCAUUCGAAGUCGGCCGACCCCCUACAUCUGCCAAAUAUGAAAUGCACCUAAGGCUCAAAACCCUCAAGAACGGCCCCGUCAUUCGAAGCCGUCUUCAGCUUCCCCACCCCGUCAAGACCGAUAUCCGUAUUUGCGUCAUCUGUCCGCCCGACUCUAAGGCCGCCGAGGCAGCCAAGAAACACGGCGCCGUUCUCGUUGGCGAAGAGGCCAUCUUCGAAGCCGUCAAGGCCGGUCGGAUAGAAUUCGACCGCUGUCUAUGUCAUGUGGAUUCACUGGCAAAGCUGAAUAAAGCUGCUCUGGGAAGAGUAUUGGGACCGCGAGGCCUCAUGCCCAGCGCAAAGACUGGUACGGUAGUCAAGGAUGUCGGCGCUACCGUCAAAGAAAUGGUCGGAGGAAGUGAAUACCGAGAGAGACUGGGAGUAAUUCGGAUGGCGGUUGGUCAGUUGGGAUUCACUCCUGAGGAGAUGCAGAAGAAUAUCCGUUAUUUCAUUGAUCAUGUCAAGAAAGACAUGUCGGCCAUGAGCGACAAGAUCCACAAGGAGCUCUAUGAAGUGGUCCUCAGCUCUACCAAUGCCCCAGGCUUCAGUCUCAAUGGCGACUUCAGAAGCGCCAACUCUCCCUCGACGAGGGAUCUUUCCGUUUUGUAAUUCUCAAAUAUCAAGGUUUCCAUGGAGCAUCAUUUCUUCGGA